AACUUGAACCAUGAGGAUAGAAGAUCCUGUUCUCCAUGCAAGAUGUGUUAUUUUUGUGCGCAAAAGCAUGAACAUGAAAAGGAAGUAGGUGUUGCAAUAUACUUUCUGGAGUCAGCGUUCAGACACUUGCGACAAAAUUUGAACCUCAAACCUUCACAGCGGCAGAUGUGAAUGAAUAAACAGAACUAAGACUCCACCAGCUUUCAGUUCUUUUCAGAAGAAGGAUGCCUCAAGAUAUGCCACUCAUCCCAACAUCGAAAGACUUGUUCCCUCCUGUAAGGCGUGUGUCAGAUGACACAUGUGAGAUGCUUCAAAGCUAUGCACUCCAGGUCACUUUGUCUACCAUCUUCUCAGUUAUUGCCUGCAUCAGCAUCCCACUCAACUUCAUCUGCUUGUGGUUCCUGUGUCGGUAUUCGAGGCCUUGGACUUCCACCAUUGUGUUGUGCAUCAAUCUGGCCCUUGCUGAUUUUGUGUACAGCAUGAUCCUCCCCUUUCAAAUAGUUUACCAUAUACGGGGAAACAACUGGCCCUUUGAGGAUGCUCUGUGCCGUAUUGUCACCGUUCUGUCCUAUGGUAAUGUGCACUGUUCCCUUUUGACCAUGAUGUGCAUCAGCAUUGAGCGCUACCUGGGAAUCGUCCACCCUUUGCGCUACAAAGCCAUGAGAUCCAUGCGAACCUCUGUCCUGACAUGCGCCCUCAUUUGGGUGUUUGUCUUACUGCCCCUCGUCCCACUCAUGAAGGCCAACCUAACGAUUCGUGUACAAAACCUGGAUAUAAUCACCUGCUUUGAUGUUUUGCCUAAAGAGAUGUUUGACAACAAGACAGAACGCUUCGUCGCUUACUUUGCCUCUCUGGUAUUUUUCUUCUUUUUCCUACCUCUGCUCAUCAUGGGGUUUUGCUAUUUCUCAAUCAUCAUAACACUUCUCCACUCCCCUUCUACCCAACUCAGAGAAACUAAGAAGCAGACUGUCUGUUUGAUAAUAGUGUUGCUACUGGUGAUCACGGUUUGUUACUUGCCUCACAUUAUCAUGUCAAUUAUCCAUUACGUCUUCACUAUUCAGAAAAAAUCAUUUUAUUUUGAAUAUAAAAUUUCAUUUGCAGUAGCCACCAUCAAUUGCUGCCUUGACCCACUGGUUUAUUACUUUGGCUCCAAAGAGUUUCGGCGAAAGAUACAGAAGAAGCUCUGCAGAUGCGUAAAUGUUGGGGUCAGUGAAAAUACUCCAAUCUUUUCAGAGCAUGAUAUGCAAAUAGCACCAAUGCAAAAAGUAUUGAAUAGAUAGUCUGUAUUGCUCUGGAAUGUAAUAAACUUUG